AUGGGAUGUGUGAUUGGUCGACAAGCGGUAACAUCUGAGAAGAAGAAGAGUUCAGGUGGCGAAAGUAACAGAAAGGUUGAUGAUGGUUGUGAGACGGAGAAGAUUGGUGGUGGUGAUAGGGUUCAUUCGUUUCGAGGUGAAAGUAGAAGAUCGGAGGCGAAUCCGAGGUUAAGUAAUCCGCCGAAGCAUUUACUUGGGGAACAGGUUGCUGCUGGAUGGCCGCCUUGGCUUACUGCUGUCUGUGGGGAAGCUCUUAGUGGAUGGAUUCCGCGAAAGGCGGAUACCUUUGAGAAAAUUGAUAAGAUUGGGCAAGGAACUUAUAGUAAUGUGUACAAAGCUAAAGACUCAUUGACUGGUAAAAUUGUUGCUCUCAAGAAGGUUCGUUUUGACAAUUUGGAACCGGAGAGCGUUAAGUUCAUGGCUAGAGAGAUUCUUAUUCUGCGAAGGUUGGAUCAUCCAAAUGUUAUUAAACUGCACGGUUUAGUUACAUCAAGGAUGACUUGUAGCUUGUAUUUGGUGUUUGAUUACAUGGAGCAUGAUUUAGCUGGACUUGCUGCAAGCCCGGAAAUCAGGUUUACAGAGCCUCAGAUAAAGUGUUACAUGAAUCAGCUGCUAUUGGGACUUGAGCAUUGUCAUAACCGACAUGUACUUCACCGUGAUAUUAAAGGAUCAAAUCUUCUUGUUGAUAAUGAAGGAAUACUAAAGAUUGCCGACUUUGGGUUGGCAUCCUUUUUUGAUCCAAACCAUAGGCAUCCCAUGACCAGUCGUGUAGUUACACUUUGGUAUCGGCCUCCAGAGUUGCUUCUUGGUGCUACGAGUUAUGGUGUGGGCAUAGACCUUUGGAGUGCUGGAUGCAUUUUAGGAGAGUUAUUGGCUGGGAAACCAAUUAUGCCCGGCCGUACAGAGGUGGAGCAACUGCAUAAGAUAUACAAACUAUGUGGUUCACCUUCUGAUGAAUACUGGAAGAGCUCAAAGUUGCCCAAUGCUACCUUGUUUAAACCUCGGGAGCCUUACAAGAGACGCGUAAGAGAGACAUUCAAAGGUUUUCCACCGUCUGCUCUACCCCUUAUUGAUAAUCUUCUUGCAAUCAAUCCCGUAGAACGGAAAACCGCCUCAGAUGCUUUAAGAAGUGAGUUCUUUAUGACAGAACCUUAUGCUUGUCAUCCUUCUAGUCUUCCAAAAUACCCCCCAAGCAAAGAAAUGGAUGCAAAAAGACGGGAUGAUGAAAUGAGGAGACAAAGGGCAUUAAACAAAACUCGGGUUGAUGGUUCAAAGAAGCAUCGUACUCGUGAUCAUGCUCUGAAAGCUUUUCCUGCUCCCGAAGCCAAUGCCGAGCUUCAAUCCAAUAUUGAUAGAAGACGUCUAAUCACUCACGCAAACGCCAAGAGCAAGAGUGAAAAAUUUCCUCCACCACAUCAAGAUGCACAACUUGGUGUUCCUUUGGGAUCUUCACAUCGUAUUGAUCCAGACACUAUUCCCGCAGAUGUAUCUUUCAUUUCAACCACAUAUACUUAUUCAAAGGAACCAUUCCAAGCUUGGUCGGGUCCAAUUGGUAAUGCUGCUGAUAUUGGAUUGCCAAUGCGAAAGAAACACAUUGCAGGAGAUGUAUUCGAUUUAUCAAAAUCACCAAAAGAUGCCCACAAGGACAAGUUUAAAGGAAAGAGAAUUAUAGCUUAG